CUUCACAAUGUAUGCUACACCAUUCUCUGAAUGGAAGAACAAUCCCUCACCGCACAGACUGUCCGCAUAUAGGUUCCUCAGUCCUCCCGCCACUGAUGUAUCUCAACCUCAUCACCAAGACUCAUUCCCAAUCGAUCACAAGAAACUGAACUUCACCACAAAGCCCAACAUGCCUCUACCUCUCGACGACCCCGACUGGGAACAAUACUCAAUCAAACCUGGCGUCCCAUUCACGAUAGCCAAGUCCACCGAUACUAUUCACCCCACCGUCCUUGAUAAUCACACCGACAUAAUUACCAAUGCCCCGCCCUCCACAGUCAUAAAGUACAUCCUCGAUUGGCUUUGCCAUUUCAAACACAUGAACCAUCUCUCCAAGCCCGAAGACUUCUUCAAAGCUUUCGAUAAGCCCGUACGAUGCGCCCAUAAAUGGGAGGAUGACCCUGACAGACGGUGUCCUUCAUUUUGGGGUAAGGGGCUCAGUAUAGGGCGAGAGAGAGUCUUUACGGCGAUUCUGAGCCGGUACGGAGCGGGACUGAGCAAGACACUGGUUGAAAGGAAGGUAACUUGGAAUGGUGGUGCAGAGUCGGUAGUAACCAUGUACCGUGAUCAUCGGCCAGCAGAAAUUACAAUAAGGAGGUUGAGUCUUGGGCGACAUGGAGAUUGGAUUUGGAAUUGACAUGUGAACAAGUGCGUAUGAAGGAACUGGAGAAAGCUAUGAGGGAGUAAUCAGAGUUGCUAGGCUAAACAUGGCCACCUACGUCGCUUAAUGCGAGACUCGUCGUCUUGCUCAGCUACGACGUGACGAGAAAGCAAACUCAGCGUUUCCGCGAUAGCUGAGUAAUCUGUUGGGAGCGGGAAGUCGUGAGAGAGACAGUGUGAUUCCACCAUCUACGCCCUCUAGGGUUGGUAGUAGUAGCAGACGAGUCCAAAAGCUUGCAUACUUGAGCUCCAUUUGGCUAUAACAUCACUAUUAUAAGUAGA